AACACACCGCUGCCUUGUUCAGUCAUCCCAGCAGCUACGUACCUCAGCCAGCUACGUUUGUAGCGGCGCUCCCCUCACGCAGGCCCGCGCUCGGCAUCCCGUUCGACACGAACAAGGAGAUACCACUUCUACAGAAUGGCAGUAGUGGUCGUCAAUUCUGCAACCGCCUCACUUUUGGCGGUGUGCUUGGUCUUCAUGGCUGUUGGGCUCUGCACGGGCCAAAUUGUCGAUGUCAAAUUUCCCAGCUGCAGGUGCGAGCGAGAGCUUACACCCUUCGCCAUCAAGUCGGCAGCCACUCAGCUGACAUCUCGCAAUCCCGGCGUGGUCAACUUGUACUGCUUUGAGAUCGGCAUCGUGAACUCUGGAUCCGGCGCAUGCUACACAGAACCCGCUUCCCAGAACUUAUCCAAGGUAUCCGUCUACGCUCAGGCCGCCCAGCGCGACCGUCUGUCGGCCUUUGGGGUCCUCCUGGCUGGUGCGCCUGUCAGCAACAUGACCUAUCUCACUCCCAGAUGGGACUCACUGAACAUGACCACCAUCAGCAACCUUAACUUCAGCAAGACGCAGGCGAAUGGUACCAGGAUCUGUCUUGAGCUGUUCAAGCCUACCACCAUCAACGAGUUUUGCGAACGAGAGGGCGCGUCAGGAUCGUUCUGCUGGGUUGCCCUGUUUAAUGACAACAACUGUGUACCGCCUAACUCAACUGUGGUGAUCUCUAAGCGCCUGUGCUGCCCAAGAUUUCAGUCUUUCCUGUCCCCGUGAUGAUAUUAUUGUCAUGAUGGAUGAUGUGGAGGCUGCCUGACGUUAAAACCCUAAGUAAUAAUAAUGAUGUCAUGACGUGGCCUUUAUUUUCUGCAUAUGCAGGGAGGAGUGGUCAUUGAUGGAACGCAAAAAAUAUUAAUUCGUACUAUCCUCUUAUUAUUCAUUCAUUAUUAUCAUUUAUAUAACAUGUGUUGCUUAGAUAUUAUUCAUUAUUUCUAAUCAGGGUAUUGUGUAUGGUCAGGUUUUUGCGGGCGCCUGUGAAUUUUAUACCUUUCAUUCGCUUUAAUUUUAUACCUUUCAUUCAUCACUGAUGUGGCUGCUCCGAUAUAUACUAGAUUCGAUGAAUGGAAUGGUAUGUAUGUGUAUGUCUGGUGCUGUAUAUGAACCCCUAAUUAGGCGAAUACAUAUUCCAACAAUCUCCUUUAAUGAUUGCUAAUUAAUUAAUUCUUCUUCUUCUGAUUCUUCUGUAAUCGUUUCUGUAUGGGAUAAAACCCCAUACGUGCAUAAAUUUCGUUAAUUUAAUCGUUAUUCAAUUCAUUCAUUCUUCUUCUUCCUUUAAUUCCUCUUAUUUUUUCUUUACAUACGUGUGAGUAUAUUUACCUGAAACUAUUAAUAAUUUCAGAAUGGAUGUG